AUUCAAAAAAACUAAAAACCUUUCAAAAAAAUUAAAAGCUAUUCAAAAAUACUAAAAAAUAUUUAAAAAAAAAAACAAAUUCAAAAACCUAUUGAAAAUAAUAAUAAUAAAAACUAUUCAGAAAAAAAAAACUAUUAAAAAAAACAAAAAUCCCCCCCAAAAUAAUUAUUUGCUGAUGGUAAAAUGAACCUAAUUUAGCUGCUCUAUAAAACUUUACUACAAAAACUGUUCUAAAAUGAUAUUGAAGUGCACAUAUGGGCAUAUUUUUUAUCAAAAUUCAAGUUUUUUGUUUUAUUGUACAUUAAUUUGCUGAGACUGCCAACUUGCAAGAUGCUCUUUAAAUUUAGCUUCUGGCAUCCAGCUCCUCUUUCAGUUCGUGUGUUUUUCAUGUAUGUGUGCAUCUAAAAUGCUUCACAUGCUGUUCAUACACUGAAGGCAUUUAUAAAAUAGUAAAUUCUGGCUCCUGACUGUGUUUUUAGGUUGUAAAAUUUGUCUUUCCCACAUAGAAUCAGCCUCAUGUGCAUUUAAGCCUGGAAACAACCACACCAGAGGCAAGAGAAAUAUGUCCUUUCACAAUAAAAGUCUGUUUAAAUGAGGGUGAACCUGAUUAAGGGCACAAAUACCAAGAAGAAUUCACAGAUUUUUAGUUUAUCUUCCUGGUAAACUGGAUUUUUUUGUGUUUGGACUGUUAAAGCUCUCUGUGAAGUCUAAAAUUAGCUUUUUUUGACGGCUAAAAAUCCUAAAAAACGGUACCCUAACAGAAAUAUUUCUGCUACAGUUUAAAAUAAAUGAAGGAUAUCGGGCCUUUCUGGAGAUAAAAAGAUGGUUAAAAUCCAUCUCUGAGGCCAGAUUCCAGCCCAGUGCACCACCUCUGUCCCGCUUUUCAUUCAGAGGAUCAACUAAGUUCAGGCUCCUCUGGGCUCGAACAGAAACAAACGAUUGAAUAUUUCGUGGCACAUUUCAGCCCUAAUGACUGGCAGGCAGCUGGCAGGCAGCUGGCAGGCAGUCACUUCACACUGCUGGGAGGUAAACAGCGACGCAGCGCUGCAACACCAUCGAUUGUUUUGGUCCAUAAGCCGAGAACAACUAGAGGCAGCAGGGAUCACUGGUUCUAGUUCAGUUUUUAACCAGCAGCCGACACUGGAAUCUGUCCUGGAGUCAAGAUUUUUCCUUCUAGAGGAGGAAAAAGGAGAUAAAAAAGAUGUGUACAUCGGACUGAAGAACAGAAUCAGUGGCUUUACUGCAAAAAGGCCUUUAAUGAUGCAUUUCAUAUCAAAGAUGAGAGGUGAGUUCACUAGUUUUAAUCACAUUUAUGAGCUUUGCAUACAUUUUAAACACUGUUCAUUGAAGGAAACUUACACUGCUGCGAAGUCUUUGCAACACCAGUGGACAGGAAUUUAAAACCAUCAGAUUGUGUUUUUUUUAGCAUCUGAUGUGUUCAGGUACAGUUGUAACUGGGUAAACUGGUUGUAUAACUGGGUAAACUGGUGCUAUAACUGUUCUCAGCAGUGGUACAACAAAUAUUUGCAUCUUUUAUUUAGGAGAAAUGUCUGCAUUUAAAAUGUGACUUCAAAAAUGCGGAAAUAUUAAAAACAAGUACUUGUAUCAAUAGAAAUACUCAGCAGGCAGCAGAAUGUAGCUUAGCUUCUUUAUAUAUUCUGUAGUUUGAUUUUAAACUAUAGUUUUAAAAAAAUGUUUUACUGUGUAAGAUCUAGAUAUGGAAAGUAACUGGCAGCCGCAGCAAAGCUUUGACUCAUCAUCUCUUUUCUUGUAUAUCUUUUGUAUUUUGGCUCAUAAGUGAUGAAUUACAGGAUAUAAAUAACAAAUUUAGAAAUAGUCUGGCCUCGAGAGAGCACUGACGAAGCAUUUUAUCUCCAAAACAGCCUUCUCAGUAUGUAUGUUGCUCCCACUUCUUUAAAAAUAACAACUAUAUUGCACUAGAUAGAAGUUAAAAAUUAUUUUUUUGUCUUUAAACUUCAGUACCAAAUGGUGCAACCGAAAAAAGUGUCCUAUUUUCAUUUUUAACACAUUGAACAGCAGACAAACCUAAAUGUUCAUACCUUCAACUGACAUUUAAUUCACUUGUCUGACUUUAUAUUUCCUAAACUAGUACUAGUAUUCUUUAAAAACAAAUCUACAGAUCAUUUUAAUAAUUUCCCAUGUUAUAAAGCAUAAUAGAGAUUUUAAAUCUUCCCAAAAUUCCAGCAUCAGUUGAGUUGUUUUCUGUGUUCUUUCCUGACUGCAGGGCUGCAGAUGUAAGAAAUGGGAGACUGGAACUUCCUGGGAGGGAUCUUGGAGGAGGUGCACAUCCACUCCACCAUGGUGGGGAAGAUCUGGCUCACCAUCCUGUUCAUCUUCCGGAUGCUGGUUCUGGGCGUCGCUGCCGAGGACGUGUGGAACGACGAGCAGUCCGACUUCGUCUGCAACACGGAGCAGCCCGGCUGCCGUAACGUCUGCUACGACGAGGCCUUCCCCAUCUCCCUCAUCCGCUACUGGGUCCUGCAGGUCAUCUUCGUGUCCUCGCCCUCGCUGGUCUACAUGGGCCACGCCAUCUACCAGCUGCGAGCUCUGGAGAAGGAACGCCACUGCAAGAAGGUGGCUCUGCGCCGGGAGAUGGAGGCCGUGGACGCCGAGCUGGCGGAGGUGAAGAAGAGGAUCGAGAAGGAGAUGAGGCAGCUGGAGCAGGGGAAGCUGAACAAAGCGCCGCUGAGAGGCUCGCUGCUGUGCACCUAUGUGGCCCACAUCGUCACCCGCUCAGUGGUGGAGGUCAGCUUCAUGAUGGGUCAGUACAUCCUGUACGGACACCGUCUGAACACGCUGUACAAGUGCGACCGGGAGCCGUGUCCUAACGUGGUGGACUGCUUCGUGUCCAGGCCCACCGAGAAAACUGUGUUCAUGAUGUUCAUGCAAGCCAUCGCCUGCAUCUCCCUGUUCCUCAGCCUGCUGGAGAUCAUGCACCUCGCAUACAAGAAGGUCAAGAAGGGCAUCCUGGAAUUUUACCCGCAUCUGAAGGACAACCUGGAUGAUUACUAUGGCAACAAGUCAAAAAAGAACUCAGUUGUGCAUCAGGUUUGUGUGGGAACCUGUGCAGGACGCAAGUCCACCACCAUCCCCACAGCCCCGAGUGGAUACACAUUACUGCUGGAGAAGCAGGGCAAUGGGCCCAACUACCCCCUGCUCAGCGCCUCCUCCGCCUUCGUCCCCAUACAGGGGGACACCGGUGUGAGGCUGGACAUCCACAAGGACAGUAAGGAGGGAGUACCGAGCCCCACAGAGCACAACAGCAACUCCAACAACACCAGCAGCGACACACGGUCACCUCCUGCAGACAAACAGGACGAACCAGAGGAGAUGCCUUCACCCCAACAUGAGGAUGAGGAGUAUCCAACCCUUCCGGCAGCAGACGUCUCGGCCUGCUCCGCUCUGUCCGGCAUCACCAGGAAGUCGAGGAGGAUCAGUCCACAGUGCAACUGCUCCACGGUGAUGGAGAGCAACGGCUCAGACAGCGGAGAUUCGUACCACGGCAGCAGCACGAAGCUCCGCAGCAGCUGCAUCGGUCCCAGAGCCAGGAUUCACUCCAAGUCAGACAUCAAGAGGUCGAGCAGGUCGCAGAGUCCAGACUCUGUAGGAGAACUGAGCUCAGUAUCCAGACACAGCAGAGAGAGCAACAGCCGGGACAGUAACAGUCCUACAGCCUCCCCUCCAAACCGCAGAGUGUCGGGGACGAGCAGCAGCAGCGGCAGAAGAGCUCCGACUGAUUUACAGAUCUGAACCUCAGACUCUGUUGGCCACGUUUGGAUGUAAACACCAUAAACGCUGUAACACUGCACUUUUAAAGCUCUUUAAAAGACUCCAAAACAAGCACAAAGAGCCUCUGGGACCAACUGCAGUGGAGAUUAUUCUCUUAAUAACCAAAGAGGAGCAUUUUUCUAAUCAUUUAAAAAGUGCACAUGCAGUAAAAAGCAUUUCCAACCACAGUACAGUUUGUUUUCUCACAUUUCCAGGUCAUGUACAGGAACCCAGAGUGACCUCUAAUGAUCCGACAAAAUGCAACGACUCCCCCUGCAUGAUUAGAGAGGAAUGGAAAACUCAGCCACAGAUCUAUAAUGUUGUUAAGCAGCACUGUGCUGUUAUGUAACCAGAUCAUUUUAAAUCAGUGUCUGAAUUCAUUUGUUCUGACAUUAAACAGAACAAAACACUCAGUUCUAUCCCACUUUACUGUCUCAUCAUUCAGCCUCAUGAGCAGCAACGUCUGAAUUUGUGAUUUUGUAUGAAACUUACUUUUUUACUUGGUUCUCAGUCAUGCAGUUGAUAUCAGUUCAUUUUAAGAACUUAAUGAGUUUAAUAUAUUUAUUUUGGCCACAUUUGAAACCAGAAUCUCUUUUUUUGUGAUUUAAGGACAUAAAGAGAACAAGUGAUGCUGUGAAAACAUUUUUAUUUAUGAGAAAACAAAAGUUUCUUCUUGAUAUACAUAACAAAAUCUAACAGUGAUUUUGUGUUCACUGUACAAACAUUAUUGUGUAAUAAACAUUUACAAACUCUACAAAAAA